GAUUCAGCAUAACUGCGCCUGUGGAAUUGAUAACGUGAACACCAGGCCGGGUUGAGUUUCAGGCAGAUCUGCCCAUGAUUACGAGAGCUCAAAUGGUUCAUCCAGAGCACAUCGUCCACUUUCAAUGGUCAAAGUAGCCAUAGGCACAAGCCCAUCGAUGAUGGACGAGGCUGUCCAUUAGUGCCCUGCGUAUAUUGGCGUAUUGAGAUGUGCAGCCCACAACUCGCCCAAGUGUAGAUGUUUUGAGUUGCGCUUUGAACUGGUUAGAUGUCCAUCUAUUUCUACGACUUUUUUGGGCGUGAACUCUGCCUCUGGCGUCUGACAGCUGACGAAUCGUGAACACGCAUUAACAAGAGAGGGGCAAAACGAAAGCGGACGCUUUCCCCAAGUCGCGACAACUUCCACAACAACGCUGUCCCGAGUUCCAGAUGACAGGUCGUCGAAGCACCACACCACAUCUUUAAUGACUGGAUUAAAUGCAUAGCUGGACUGUGAAAACAACUUCUCAUGGCGUCCAUUAUGACUGGGAAUAUACACGCAAAACUAUCCACGGUGCUGUUGGUAACUAUUCUCUGUGGAUCUAGCUCUAUUGGAUAUUGUGGGCCAAAUGGCAAUUCAGAUGAUGGCGCCUUCUCCAUCCAGCACGUGAACUCCAGCCAGUGUCUGGUAGUGACCGGCCAGUCACAGCUCACCCUGGCCAACUGCACCACCACCAGCACCACCGCCGCUACACCACCGGACCCCAACACGCUGUGGAAGUGGGGGCACGGCCACCGGCUCUUCCACCUGGGCUCGUCGCGCUGCCUGGGCCUGGAGGUCCACAGCAAGGCCCUGGGGCUGUUUGAGUGCGACGCCGCGGGCACCAUGUUGGGCUGGCACUGCGUGGGUCAGACGCUGUACACGGAUUACGAGAUGGGGCUGACCAGGGGGUCCGCCGCGGGGGACACGGUGCUGGCCAAGAGGAAGCCCACGGACGCCUGGAGACGGGCGGGCACCACGGAGGACAGCAUAUGCCACCAGGAGUAUAACACCAUCCACACCACACAGGGCAAUGCCAUGGGUGCGCCGUGUGUCUUCCCCUUCCAGUACAAUGGCACCUGGCACCACAGCUGUCUGCCGGGUCAGCCCGACCUGGAGGCCCUCCCCCAGGGGCUCAGCUGGUGCUCCUCCACCAUCAACUACAGCCAGCAGGGCAAGUGGGGCUUCUGCCUCCUCCAGGUGGAAGGAUGCCAUACUCUAUGGGAGGCGCGUGGUGAUCAGUGUUACCAGUAUGUCUCCACGGCGACCGUGUCAUGGCACCAGGCGAGGGACUCCUGCCGCAGCCAGGGGGGCGACCUGCUCAGCAUCACCAGCGCAGAAGAACUCAAGGACUUGGGGUCUAUGAACCUUCCUGACAAACUGUGGAUCGGACUGAACCAAAUGGACUGGGCUGAGGGGUGGCAGUGGUCUGACGGCUCUGCACUGAGUGUGGUGAGCUGGAGAUCAGACAUGCCUGUGCUGAUUGGCCUGGGAUCGCUGGACUGUGGUGUGCUGACCAAUAGGACUCUGUAUGAGAACGCCAUGUGUGAGAGAAAGCUACCCUACGUCUGCAAGAAGCCCAACAGCAAGGAUACCAAACCUACAGACCGGAUGGUGUACACGUCCACUCUGUGCGAAGACGACUGGUUCCCCUGGAACGGCCGCUGCAUGAAGCACUUUAAGGAGCUCAAGUCCCAGCCCGACGCCCGCGCCUCCUGCCAGGCCUCCAACGCCAGCCUGCUCAGCAUACACAGCCUGGGGGACAUGUACAUGUUCAACACCAUGCUCCCAGACCUGAUAGUGGAUAUAUGGACGGGCCUGACGGGCACGGGCAUUCCGCUGGUCUUCCAAUGGGACGACGGCUCUGAGGUGACAUACACACACUGGGCCAAGGACAACCCACGCAUCGAACCCACCACCCGACUGCCAACCUGCGUACGCUUUACUGGAGAGGAUCACCAGUGGAUGGUGUCCUCGUGCGAUGUCCACAUGUCCUACGUGUGUGCCAAGCCAGGAGUGGUCAACGAGAGCCUGCACGACGAGGGAUGCCCAGAGGGCUGGAGGAGGCAUGGCAACAACUGCUACAAGGUGGACCCCACCCCCGUCUCCAUCAAAAACAGCUGCAACCUCACCAUCACAGACAGGUUUGAGCAGUUGUUCAUCAACCGUCUGCUGAGGGAGCUGCUGGGUAACAAGACGCAGUACUUCUGGACGGGCCUGCAGGACAUCAAGGGCAACGGAGAGUACACAUGGACCAAUGGGGACCACCUCACAUUCACCAACUGGGGAUGGAGGCAACCAGUCAUGAGCGGUGGGGCGUGUGUGGUGAUGUCCACCAGUAGGCCUCUGGGUGAGUGGCAGACCAGGAACUGCAGCCUGUUUGAGGCGGGCACCAUCUGCAAGACCAACCUGACGGCCAUCUCCACCGUGGCCACACACAUCAACCUCACCGCACCCUGCCCUGACGGAUGGUACUCCAAACCAGGCAUCGCACACUGCUAUAAGGUGUUUCAUGAGGAGCGUUUAAGCCGUAAGCGGUCGUGGAGUGAGGCGGAGGGAUUCUGCCGAUCGCUGGGGGCUCACUUGCCCAGCUUCUCACACGUAGACGAGAUGGGAGCGCUACACGAGCUCAUCAGACAGACCACCAGUGACGACCGCUUCUUCUGGGUCGGGCUGAACCGCAGAAACCCAAACAGCAAAGACGCCUGGGAGUGGAGCGAUGGACGACCCGUGUCUCUUGCUGUCUUGCACGAGGAGUACAAUGAAGAGGACAAAUACAAUCGGGACUGCGCAGCCUUCAAGUCUCUGCGUGGGAGCAUCAACUUGUUGUUCUACUUCCUGCUUCAUGAUCUGCCACCACGGCCCUACUACACCAUGCCCUUCCACUGCGAUGGAGCACUCGAAUGGGCCUGCCAGAUACCAAGAGGUAAAGAACCCCUCACACCAAGGUGGUAUAACCCAGGAGGUCACCAUGAGACGUCGGUGUUUGUGGACGGUCAGGAGUUCUGGUUCGUGCAGCUCCCGCGUCUCUCCUACCCCGAGGCUGAGGCCUACUGCACCAGCAACAGCAGCCGCCUGGCCGCACCACGCAGCGCCAUAGCAGCACGUGCCGUCCAGGACAAGAUCACCAAGCUGACUGGAAAAUACCUGAACUACUGGGCUGACCUGAAAGAGCCAGGACCCUACAUGCCAAUGCCGUUCACCCAGAUGCACUACUACCACUCAGCCUUCCUCGGACGCUGCCCCUCCCUCAGCCCAGAGUCCUUCAUCCCAGACUAUAAGCAGUUCUGCUCUGCUGAGCUGCCGUUUGUGUGUGAGGUGCUGAACGUGACGUCAGCGGAGAGAGAGCCCAUUGGCCCACACCCUGCAGGGCUGCCCUGUGACGGAGGCGCCAUCGCCUUCAGAGACAAGUGUUACACGGUGAUCCCGCCUCAGGAGGUGACGUUUAGGAAGGCCAGCGAGCUCUGCAGCGUCCACCGAGGACAGCUGCUCACCAUCACGGACCAGGUGGAGCAAGACUUCAUCAUAAGUCUCCUUCCCUCGCUGCCUCCGAGGACGUGGAUCGGUCUGAAGUUGAAGUACCAGGAGAUGGUGUGGCUGGACAACACGCCGGUCACCUUCCUCAACUUCCACCCACUCGUACACGGCCAGUACAGACGCCUGCAUGUCAACACGUACUCCCCUGAAGGCUUGGAGCUGUGCUCGUACAUGUUCAGCGACCCCAACUCCCACAUCAUGGGCACCUGGGACUACACCUCCUGCACUGACUUCCAGAACAUCUCCAUCUGCCAGCACUUCGCAGACAAGCCUGAGAAAGCCAGUGUCUCGGAGAAAGCCUUCACGGUGCAGGAGCACACCUACCAGCUGGUGCUGAAGAACAUGUCGUGGUUCGAGGCCCAGGAGCACUGCAGGAGCCAGGAGAUGGAGCUGGCCAGCGUGGCGGACGCCUUCCAGCAGGCCGUGCUCACCGUCAACGUCAGCCGCCUGGGACAGCCCGUCUGGAUCGGACUCUACAGCGAGGACGAUGAGGGGGAGCAUUACAUCUGGUCUGACCACAGCCACACUGUGUUCAGCCGCUGGGCAAAGGAAGGCUCGGCCGGACGCUGCGUCUACCUGGACACAGACGGCUUCUGGAAGGCCACCGAGUGCGAGAGGAGCCUGGGAGCGGCCAUAUGCCACAUCCCACACGAGGACAAGUCUCCGGAGCCCUCUGGGAAAUGUCCCCAUAAAAGUGGAGGCCCCAACUGGUUCCCCUAUGAGAACAACUGCUACACCUUCCAGCUGCUCCACUCCAGGUGGGACCACCACGAGAAGGGAGAUAUCCAGAAGAUAUGCCAGCAGUUUGACGAGAACGCAUCGCUGGUGACCGUGAGGAAUGCGGAGGAGAAUGAGUUCCUGAGGCAGCAUCUUCUGCCCCUGAAGGACCUGGCCCAUUUCAUCUGGCUGGGCAUGUACCAGGACAACACCACCAAGCAGCUGAUGUGGUAUGACGAGUCCUAUGUGCAGUUCUCCAACUGGAAGAACGGCCGGCCGGAGGUGGACGGGGAGUUCCUGGCCGGCCUGGGUCAUGCAGACGGACGCUGGGACCUCUACGCCAACAAGGCCUACUUCCAGCCCUUCAAGCAGAACAGUGUGGUUGCCUGCAAGAUCGAGCGCACCCCUAAGAUGGAGUUCAUGGUGUCUCCGUGGGAGGCCCGCGCCUACGCCAACCUCAGCUACCAAGUGGUGGGACGCAAGCUCAGCUGGUUCCAGGCCCAGGAGGAGUGCGCUCGCGGCGGCGGCCAUCUUGCCAGCGUGUCUGACGCAGCGCAGAGCAGCGAGCUGCUGGCCAUGGCCAGGAGAGAUGGCUUCCCCCUCUGGAUCGGCCUCUCCAACCAGGAGGGUAACGGCUCGGUGUACGAGUGGUCAGACGGCUCCAAGUUUGACUUCAGCCCGCUGGGCUUCCACAAGGGCUCGGUGAUUGGCAACUGCGUCUUCCUGGACACCUCUGGCAUGUGGGUCAGCACCAACUGCCAGGACAUGAUGGAGGGGGCGCUGUGUUACUACAAUGGCAGCACGGAGAAGACGAGUCCUCAGAAAGCCCAGGAGUCUAGCCGCUGCCCGAAGACAGACGGCACGUCCCAAUGGGUAGAGCAUGGAGACCACUGCUACGCCUUUGACAUGACCUUCUACAACUACAGCGUCUAUACUCUCGACACCGCAGAGACAGUGUGCCAAGAGCUGCAUUCAUCGUCUUACUUGCUCACCAUCAAAAGCGAUGCAGAGAAUGACUUUGUGACCAAUUACAUCACCAACAACUUCCAAAUCACUAGUCGGGUGUGGCUGGGCAUCAAAAGGAAAACCGAGGAAUUGAUGUGGGUGGAUGACAGCAAGCUGGACUACAACAAGUGGAAGUCCAAGUCCGGCCCGGUGGUGGUGAGGAUAUACCCCUCCCCAGACGUCUGCGCGGUCAUGCUGACCAACGAGGGGGGCGUCUGGAGGCAGACCAACUGCAGGGACAGCCGCGGCCGCAUCGUCUGCAAGGCCCCCAUGAAGUCGCGCGGCCUCUCCUCUGGAGCCAUCUUCUGCCUCGUCGUCAUCCCGGCCCUGCUGGGCGUGGCCCUGUACUUCGUCUACAAGAAGACGCGCCACCACUUCUCCUCCACCGUCCGAUACGAGCGCAACUUCGAGGAGAUGGACAGCACCAGCAUCAUCCAUGACACAGAGUAGUGGAGCUGCACUACGAAGAACUCAGAGCAGAAGAGAAGAGAAGAGAAGAGGUGCGAGGGUUGCCAGAUUGAGUGGUUUCCUGCCGUAUUGGGCGGUUUAGGAUGGCCAUCUUGAGGUAAAAAAAGGUAUUGAGUCAGGUUAUUCUGUUGGAUUUGGCCAUAUAAAUCAGUUGGAUUUAGGUCAAAUUGGGCAGGAUAUGGUGCCUCCCAGCAUUUUUUGUGAGCAUUAAUUUGGCUGGAAAUCAUGAGUCACAUUUGGCAACCGAGAAGAGAAGAGCAGAGAAGAGAGACUAAAAUGACUUUGUGCCUUUCUGUAUAUGAAUGAACAUCCUUCCAAAAUCCACUUCAUUUUCAACUAUAACACGCCCCCUGCAAAAAUAAGGAUUAUUUAUUUUCAUAAUCAUCAUCAAAUAAGAAUUGGAUUUCCUGUGUUGUGUUGUAUGUGGUUGUAAAUAUUGUCUCAAGUGAAGGAUGAGGUUUCAGGUACUUCAGAUUCAGGAGCAAAAAGAUUUUGCUGCAUUUUAUUUGAUUUAAAAAAAAAAUGUUCUAAUGUGACUGCGUAUGCUUAUAGCCUUUUGAUUUGUCAUGUCUUGUAUAGAUUUUAGAUGAUGCCCACAUUUGCAAAAGCUCACAUAUGGAGGCAAGAAUAAGGGACCACUCUCGUUGCUUACCAAUGCCUCUUUUCCACUGCCGGUUUUCUGGUAGGCCUACAGCUCGACACACCACGACUCGGCUGCCACUUUUUGCUUUACGAGAAGCAAAAACUGACGCCGUGAGUCAUGCUAUGUCCAGCUGUAGGUCUACCGGAAAAAUGGUAGUGGAAAAGAGGCACAAGUUACUUAACCACUUUCUUAAUAAGCCUGUAAACAAUUUCCCCUCCAGAAUCUUUUUCCCUAGUAGUGGUUCAAAUAAUCUAGUCAUCCUGUCCAUCUAAAUUGUUAUUUGAUCUUGUAAAGUGAGGUUAAUUAGCCUGACUGUCACAAAUACAAAGCUCGGCAAGUGUUUGAUCUGGCAAAGUGGCCUUGUAAACCAGAGUUCACAGAGGAUGGUCUUACAUCUACAGUACAACCUGCGUCUAGUGGAGCCAGUCUCAAACAAGCUCCAUCGAGCCGUUGGAAAUGCGCAAAUUUGAUUGGCCAUCUUGUGAGGGCAAAACCCAUUUCUCAAUUAUCCUUUUUAACGUGCAGAGUAGCAUCUGGUGGCGUAGACAUAAAAACUUACAUUCCACUGUGUUCUGGAAUUUUAAAGCAAAAUGUUCCACGCAAAAAUAUCAAAAUACCAAAUUUUCAUAUACCUCCCAAAAUAUAUCUAAAAAAUAAUAAGCAUACAAGGUUCCUCUUUGAUUUAUUUUAUUUUGUUUGCAUUUAUUUGAUAUUGCCUUGAUUUUUUUUUUAAUAUAGGUAUAUAAAGACCAAAUGAUAGGUUGUUGCUGAUGUUUAACAAAAAAAGUGAAUGGUGAAACUGGGCUACUGCCAUUGUCUUUCGUCUUGUGUAAACACUGGUGGAUGUCAUUGCCAUGGAAGAAUACUAUUCCUGGGAGAAGGGGAUUCCUGUAAGCAGCUCUUCCAGUACUUGUCUCGUGUGCAAAAAUAGCGCCUCUCAUUUUUGCAAAUUUUUGAACAACAUUUGAUCAUUUUUUAAGUCAUUUAUUUGGGUAUUUCCCAUGUCUGCCAGUAACUUAGGUUAGCUUCAACAAUUACCCCAGAAAAGUGAGUGAAAAGUGAAAGCCCAUUUGGAAAGUCCAACUCCCGUUGUCAUUGUGACACAACACUCCACAGCACACAAGUGAACACUGCACACUGCACAGAACGAAAUUACAUUUAUGCCUUGAGGGGCAGCCCUCAAUGGUGCAGCUAGGGAGCAGUGUGGCGGGACGGUACCAUGCUCAGGGUACCUCAGUCAUGGAGGAGGAUGGGGGAGAGCACUGGUUAAUUACUCCCCCCACCAACCUGGCGGGUCAGGAGUCGAACCGGCAACCUUGGGCUACAAGUCUGACACCCUAAUCGCUUACCCAUGACUGCCUUAGUGCUACUUUUUGAGCAGGGAAUUGUUUCACCGGAAGUGAUUAAAAAGUGUUGCUACAGCCUGUGUGUACGUACACAUCAAAAACAAACAAACUAAAGACGUAGAACUCUCUGUAGAUGGUUUGCUGUUAAAAAAAAAAACAGGUGACGAAUUCACUCUUUUUGCGUAAUUCAUUGACUCCAUAGAGAACUUAACACUUUUUGUUGAAGUCAAACUAGUUGCUUUUGGUGUGUACGUACAUUUAUUCAUUAAGCAUUGAAAAAUUAAGCUUUCCAAAAUUUGUAGUAUUUUUUAACAUACUAUGUUGACUCAGAACAAGUUGUAAAGCUUUCAAUAGAAUCACACUCAGUGCUUUGAUUAAUACAGUGACUCACAUGUUGAGAAGAUAAAUCUCAUGUUAACAUGUUAAGAUUCGGCUAUUAGAAGAUUUAAAUCUUAUUUUGAGUCAACUUGUCUUUAGUUAGAUCAGUUGGUCAUUUCACCAAGUGCAUGUGAUUAGGGCCUGCUUAUGAAGAGUGCUUCCACAUGAUUCAUUGCCAUUGGAGUGUGUGGAUGUGUUUGUGAAUGCGUGACAUUGAGUGUCUUGCCUUCCCUCCUAUGUAUAUAUUUUAAAUUGUCUUUUUUUGGAGUGUUAUCUGGGUUGGCUUUAUACAGUAAUUGGUGUAGAAAAAAAGCACACAAUUUUUGUAUACGACUACAAAUAAGAGACUACAUUCUUUAUCUCUAAACUGCUAUGCUGUUUCAAACUAAAUACUGUCUGCUUCCAAUCCCAUUUUAAUCAUGAAUUGCACUCAUGCUGUUGUUGUUCUGUAGUUUUUGAUUCCAGCCAAAAGUCAUGCAAUACUGUGAUGCCGUGUUCCUGUUGUGCCAUGGGUGUAAGAGAUUGCUUUUGUUUUGUCAGGUUGUUUCAUUUUGUGCUUUAAGUUCCCAAAAAAAACGUGUGUGUGUGUGGGUUAGAUGCGUGAGCUGGCGGCUUUUGAAGUCAUUGCACUGAUAUAAAGUCAAACUGCCCUCUACACUACUUAAUAACUAACUAAUCUUGUAUCUACUCCCUGAUAUGAUCAUGUCUUUAGGCGGGAAAGGUGUUGUCCUCCCAAGUUAUUUCUCUCGGUGGUAAUGUCAUUGUCAGAUCAACCCAUACAGGGGACUACUCCAUGAAGUAGGGUGGUAUGGCUGCAGCCUAGGGGCCCCCACCUGCCAGGGGGCCCCUGAUUGGCCAGAAGUGAAAAAAAUGCAGAAUUUUGCCCUCAAUUCCUAGCUCGUAAUUAUGACAUUUUCUAUGUAAUUUUCCCCCACAACAACCUGUAGCCUAGGGGCCCCGNGCAAUGUUAAUUCGGCCCUGCAUACAGGGGACUACUCCAUGAAGUAGGCUGUGCUCCGCAAUUAGGAGAUCUGUAGCAAAGAAUCGUAUUGGAGAGAAAGAUACUUCAGGCUCGUUCUUUUCCGGUAUCCAUGUGAUGUCGGGUGAACGCCCCUUUAGGGGACCUUUGGUUAGGAGACCUUCGGAGGUUGAGAAUAAAUGGAGUUCACUUUGCACAAAAGGUGCGCUACCACCAUCUACAGCGCUAACGCCACAAAAAGAGAAGAAGAAGGAGGGGACAACGCCCCCUUAGGAGACCGAAUUUGAGCACACUCCUUCGCAUUGGAUGGGCGGAGUUUGCAAUAUCUUUCUUUCCUAUACGAUUCUUUGCCUGUAGCAUAGUAAACAAGACCAAAUCCUAUCAGCACAAUGUUUUUUCGCCUGGGGGGUCGGUCUAACUUCGCACCAUAGGGGGAUAAUUACAACAGGGCCAUGAAUGUAGCCUGGUUCAGUCCUCUACUUACAAAGGCUCCGUCUAGUUUUGUAUCUGUGUAGCGAGCUGUUUGGGUGCGCAUAGUGUAACGGAGGCCAACUAGCAGAAUGUGGCGUGGAACAUUCGUAAACCGCCCUCCUGAAGCCUCAUAAAGCACUGAGCUGUGCCUCCCAUGCUCGAACUAGAGUGUUGAAAAGGAGGUAGCAGGUUCAAGAAGGUCUCCUAAAGGGGCGUUCACCCGACAUGAAGUGGAUACCAGAAAAGAACUACAAUGACGAACUACAAUGGCGAUUUCUGCUAUACAUUUCCUAUUGUAAACUGGAUAACCAGUCUGGGAGACCUACACAGCGCUUACUGCUAUGCAGGAUGAUAAAGCCAGAGGAGCUUCGCUGUGAGCUUUGUGACUCGCAUUUUGAAAAUCAAUGUGAUUCCUCCCGUCCUUUCCUCUGACCUGGUGAGACGAGCUGCCAUGGUCAAUUAUCAAGGUUUUGAACCUCAGAAGUCUUUUAUUUAACAAAGAGAGAUAUCCUCCGCGCUCCUGCACUUCACAAUCUGGUGCGUCUCGGGAAAGGACUUGGUAAAUGCAGGGGAAGAAAGGAGUCACCGGAGCAUCUUCAGAUGUGGAAAAUAACAUGUUUUAUUGGGCAAGCGCCAAGACUAACGUUUCGACGUUCACACGUCUUCUUCAGAGUCAAUCGGUGACUCCUUUCUUCCCCCCUUUUAUUUAGCAGUUUGCAGCUUUUUGAAGCUUCAUAGUGUUCAGUUUGUAGAGGAAUUGUGCAACACUGCUUCUUUACGGUUUCGCCACUUUUGGCAUUUUUGGCUUGCUGACGUUUUGGGUACUAAGCCUUAAUUUCACUCGGGCAAGAGGCUAAAGGCAAGGACGGAACGGAAGGGAUGACACUAGUGUUGCCAGAUUAGGCGAAAAAAAUGCCAUUUGGUGUUUUUUUCUGCAGUUUUAUGCCCAUAGAAAUCAGAGCAAUUUGUUGAAAUUGGGUGGAAUUUAGAGCAUUUUUUGCGGUUUUUGAGAACCUUUUGGGCGGGAUGUGAUCUGACACAUCUGGCAACACUGGAUGACACUGGUUUGUUGCCACUCUCAGGCCUGGACUUGCCUGGUUAACAGCAGACGAUCUCACAAGUGACGGAGUCUGGAGGCUACCUAUGCAAUUUCUCGUAGGAAAGGUGUGGUUUACGAUUGCCCCCUGGCCAUUUAUUGGCCGUUACGAAUGUGUCAUUUGGCAUAUACGUAGCCCAUAGCCAUUCAUGUCAGCUGUAUCUAUCAAACUGCAGUCAUGUACUGGACUAGUAAUCUGGACUGGUAAUCUGGCAUAUAGGGCAUUCCCCAGUGGGCAGAUAGUCGUCAGGUGCCGAUUUUAUUUGGAAUUUUGUAUUUCCUUACAGACUGGCCCCCGGUUUAGAGGGGGACAGAUAUAAAUGCCCAAGCCUUUUAUGGUCAAUCUGGUCUCUCUGACUUACUCAUCUGAGCAUCUACUUCUAACCCCUGUCCUGAUGUAUGCUGCAAUCCAAAAUGCAUUAUUAGUAUUACCAAAAUGGGAGCCCUUACACAGCACUCCUCUUCUAUGCAUCCAAACUACUGAGUAUUUGAGCACUUUAAAGAAAAAAAAAACUUUCAUUUUUUUGUUACUGCUUUUUAAUGUUUAACUUUAAUUACAUUGCAGUUGUGAUCUCUUUUUUCAGAUUGUUUUCCAAAGAAAUAUAUGGUGAAUUCAGGUAAAUUGGGCCACUUUUUUGCAUUUAAGUGAAUGGCCCGAUUUACCUGAAUUCACCUAUUGCUUAAGUAUGCAACUGCUGCUGCUCUGAAAGGAGUUUUGCCAAUGCCAUCUGUUCUUAUGUUAUGCCAUUUUUUUCUUAUGUUCAUGUUUUGUGUUAAGAUAAAAUAAGAGCAUAACGAUGAACAUUUUGUUUUCCCUUGUAUAAAGAACAACCUGUGAUUUAUUAUUGAAUUCAUUUGCAAUAAACAACUGAAAGCAUUGCAGCUAUA